CCACGAGAUAACGGUAAUGUCAGCAUAUACUCUACCCUUCCCAAACAUUACUUGUGUGAUUCAAUCAGAGAAAGACUUGUUUGAAUCUGCGAGAUGGAGGGACUAAUCAAACAGUCACCAGACAUAGCUUUAAGACACAAAAUGACACAUGUUAGAGUGAGUACAAUAGUCACUGUCAUUGCUUUAACGCACAAUAAAAACAUUUUGGAGUGAGUAUAUUAGUAGGUGGAUAAGAUGUAGGAAGACAUCAUAGUACACUUGAGGAAAGAGCAAUAGUAGCAGAAGAAAAUGGCUUCUGAGGAUUGUAAAAGUCCCCUGUUGUUACAACCAACAGAUAUCUCAUGUAGUAGAUGGUGUUCGAAGUUGAUCGAUGUAGAAGAAGCUAAGAAUCAGUUGAUGUACGCGUUGCCGAUGGUCGUAGUGAAUGGUUGUUUCUACUUGAUCAACCUUGUAUCUGUCAUGUUUGCUGGACAUCUUGGGAAGCUUGAGCUUGCUGCUUCAAAUCUUGCUAAUUCAUGGUCCAUGGUUACUGGUUUUUCUUUCAUGGUUGGCUUAAGUGGUGCACUUGAGACACUAUGCGGCCAAGGAUACGGAGCAAAAAUGUACAGAAUGUUGGGAAUACAUCUUCAAACAUCAUGCAUCACAUCGUUUUUCUUUUCUGUGGUGGUUUCUGUCAUCUGGUGGUACUCUGAUAUGAUUUUGAUUUUACUUCAUCAAGAUCCUGAUAUAGCUAGAGAAGCCGGCGUGUUCUUGAGGUUCCUCAUACCUGGAUUAUUUGCAUACAGUUUUCUGCAAAACGUUUUGAGAUUUCUUCAGGCACAGUCGAUCGUCAUGCCUCUGGCUUUCUGUUCAGUGGUGUCUUUAGUUAUCCACACUGGGAUUGCCUAUACCUUGGUUCAUUGGACAGGUCUUGGUUUUAAAGGAGCACCGUUAGCGGCUUCCAUUUCGUUCUGGAUCUCAUUGCUCACGUUGUGCCUAUAUGUGCUUUUUUCGAAGAGAUUCAACCAUAUCUGGAGGGAUGGUCUCUCGUUCGAGCCAUUUCAUCAUAUCUUUACAAACUUGAAGUUGGCUUUGCCCUCAGCUGCCAUGUUAUGCUUGGAGGACUGGGCUUUUGAGCUUCUUGUGUUAUUGGCUGGUUUGAUGCCAAACUCAGGAACAACUACUUCUGUGGUAGCUAUGUGUGUAAAUACUCAAGCCAUAGACUACAUGAUAUCUUACGGUCUGAGUGCAGCUGCAAGUACUAGGGUGGCGAACGAGUUAGGAGCUGGAAAUCCUGAUAAAGCUAAGCAUGCUAUGGUUGUUAGCCUCAAGCUAUCUGUUGUUCUUGCCAUUGCAGUUGAUUUGGCUCUAUUGUUUGGCCAUAAUGUCUGGGCUAGCCUCUUCAGUGACAACGCGGAGAUAAUUAAGGAAUUUGACUCCAUGACACCUUUCCUCUUGAUCUCCUUUAUGUUUGAUUUCAUUCAAGGAAUCGUAUCAGGGGUGACUCGAGGAUGCGGAUGGCAGCAUUUGGCUAUGUGCAUCAACUUGGCAACUUUCUAUUUCAUCGGCAUGCCGAUAGCCGGCCUCCUUGCUUUCAAGUUCAACCUGCAUUCUCAGGGUUUAUGGUUGGGCUUGAUUUGUGGUCUAGCUUGCCAAUCUACUGGCAUGUUUCUACUGACGUUGAUGACCAAAUGGGGAAAAGUACAAGUCUCAGCAAAUAGCAAUAGAGAAAAUGCAAUUUUGGCUUAAGUUAAGCCGUGGAAUUAGUCGAGGCGCGCGAAAGCUGCUCGGACACCACGACCAUUAAGGGUUUGUUUGUAUAGCGGAAAACAUUUUCCAGAAAGUGUUUUCCAAGUUUUUCAUGUUUGGUUGUUAAAGAAGUUUGAGAAACAUUUUGUCUAGGAAAUCAAUUUCCUUACGAAUGAGGAAAAUGACUUCCUGGAUGGAAACACGGCAAACAACGUCUGCAAUUAAUUAUGAAUAAAUUACUUAUUAUAAA